AUGGAAUCGUACAAAUUAUCAAAUAUAAAACGCAAGCAUAACCAGCACUGGAUCGAUAAAGAACUUAUUGAGGCAGUGAAGAUUAAAAAUGGUUCGUUUUCAAAAUGGUCACGUGAUAGUUCCAAUACAUUCUUAGAAAAUCAAUAUAAAUAUUAUCGCAAUAAGGUUACAAGCAUGCGUAGAUAUAAAAAACAAAAAUAUUUUGAAAAAAAGUUUGCAGAACAUUCUACAGAUUCCUCGAAAAUAUGGCAAUGCAUAAAAAAUAUGUUAUAUAACAGAGUCAGUAAUAAAAGUGGUGUUGAUUUACUAAAAGGAUUGUCAGAGCAGAAUGCUGAAAUAGAAAUUAAUAAUUUAAAUAAACAUUUUGCUGGAAUUGGUGAAUCAAUGACAAAAAAUUUUGAAAGUAAAAUUUUUUACCCUCAAUCUUAUACUGACUUGUCGUUUGAAUUUGAGUUUUCUGAUAAAAAUGAAAUAAAUAAGAUUAUUAAACAGCUAAAAAGCUCAAAAACAACAGAUUCACUUAAUUUAUCGAAUAAUCUGAUUAAAAUAUGUAAUGAGUAUUUAUGUGAUUCAAUUGCUUUGAUAAUUAAUGAAUCGCUGGCUGAGGGUGUUUUUCCUGAAGCCUUAAAACUGGGAAGAAUUGUUCCAAUUUUCAAAUCUGGUGAUAAGAGUGAUUAUAAUAAUUAUAGACCAAUUUGUAUUGCUCCUGGCCCAUCUAAAAUUAUAGAAAAAGUUGUAUACACACAGGUUUCUCGAUUUCUCGAAAAUAACAAGAUUCUUUCAAAAAUGCAAUAUGGUUACAGAAUCAAAUCCAACACCGAAACUUCUGUAGGGUUUGCUAACAAAUGGUUUUCAUCUUAUCUACAAAAUCGGAAACAAUUCACACAUAUUGGAGCCAAUAAAAGCGAAAAUCAAUUGGUUACAUAUGGUGUACCUCAAGGCAGCAUUUUGGGUCCUCUGCUGUUUAUAGUCUAUAUGGAUAGUAUAAACAAAAUCGGAAUUGAAGCUGAUAUAUAUCUUUAUGCAGAUGAUAUUUGUUUGGUAUUUCAAGCCGAUAGUUACAAAGAUCUACAAAAUAGAAUGAAUCGAGAACUAGAUAAGGUCAUUUACCUUGAAUGGAUGAAAACUCAAAAAUUGACAGUGAAUCGAAACAAAACUAAAUAUUUAAUUGUUGCUGCAACGGCCCCUAAACUGAAUAUAAAGAUUGCAAAUGAAAAUGAAGCACAAGGACAACAUUUAACUCAAAAGUUGUUAAUGUUUACCCAGUAUUUUUCAUUAACGCUCCAAGAUUUUAAAGAAAUGCACCCAACAAUAAAAAACGUCAUGAUGGAUACACAUCACGGAAAAGCAAAUUCGUUGAUAUUAUAUUCGACACAAAUCAUCGAGCACUUGAAUCGAAUCAAGGAAAAUAUUCCAUCAGAUAUAAAACUCUCAAUAAUAUCGAAAUUGUACAGACUCAAUAUUAAUAACACCAAAGUGGGUGCCGAAUCUAAAUGGCUUCACUUACUUGAUAGAGCAUACUUGUAUAAUAUUGUAUGGCACGAUGAGAAUUAUGAAGUCAAAUUAUUCAAUAAUGGAAUUUUGACAUUUAAUGGUGAUUGA